AUGUUGCUAAAGCAGGUUGUCAGCUUGAAAGCGAAAACAAAUGGGCAUUUUUGUGAACUGCGGCUUUUCAACGGGAAAGAGAAUGAUCAGAAACUUCUCAUAGCUAGAGAAAAUGCUUUGGAUCUAUCUGCAUCUGUCUCAGUGCUCAGACGAGGAAGCAUAUUCAUCUUUAGCGAGGGUGAAGAGGAAACUACUAUCGAAAUUGUGGAUCGUAAUUUGGGGAAAGUCAAUCGUUUCGAGACGCUUAUUCGUCACUCAACGGAUUACGCUUCAGAUCAUGAUGAUUCUGACACGGAAGCGUACCUAUCAGAUACGUGCUCGGAGAUCUCUAACUUCUCCUUCACUUCAAAUGUCACGACAGCAAGCCAAAGACGUCGCGGAACUAACCGAAACCGGGCUCCUACUCAGCGGCCCCUGUCGAUGGUGGCGGAGCACAACUUGACCGACUAUGGAGUGUUUUAG